GGUAGGAUUCGUGGCUCCGCCUUCUUUCUCUAAAGUUUGAACUCAUCUACAACCCGACAGGACACAAACAGACGUGUAUUUGACUUUUGGAUCUGCAUUUACAAACAUAUGGAGUAAUUUUACCUCUGUACAGGUGCAGUGUGUUGCUAUGGCUGCGGUGGUGAAGGCGACCACCAGGGAAAUGGCGCUCAUUAACCCAGAUGAUGAUUCAUCUCCAUCCUCUGCGCUCCCAGAAGACUCCCCGAAGCCAUCGCUGGGCCCAAAACCACACCUCAUGCCAAAACCAUUCACCCUGCAAAGAAACCCUACCGUCCGCUCAAUCCGAGCCCCAAAAACCAAUUUCACAAAACACCUCCAGCGAGCCUCGUCUUCGGAAACACUUCUGGAUUACACCAAGCCUAAAGAAAUCACACCAAACGCAAACGGCACAGUAAACGGGUCCGCUUCUACACCCCAAAAAACAGACUUGAUAGAUAAACCAAAAAGCUCUGAGAGCAAAAAUGCAGACGAAGAUGUGCAAAAAGUUCAAUUCAGAAGCAGAGCAAAAUCAUUGAGCUCUCAAAAUGAGACUUUAAACAAACAGAAAGCGCAUGAUGGCGAGUCUGAAACGGAUGGCAAAGUGUCUCCACGAUGCUGGCCGGCCCGAAAUCGUCUCUCUGUCCAUCUGACGUCCAAAUUCGAGUCACCUGAGACUGCUAUUAGAAAUGAUGCUCAAAUCCACAAGGCGCCACUUUCUCCACCUGCAGUGUCAGAGUCCAAACCUGCGGUGGAUAAAAAGGAAAUGUUAGACGAAGAGAUGAGCGGAGGCAGCAUUAAACGAAGGAUCAGCCUCCUGUUUGACCGAUCUGCAGCGUCUCAGCGCCGGGACGCUGUCAACAGAAGAGACGUCACUCCUGCUGAAAUAACUGUUGACAUUAAACAGAGAAUCCAGAAUCUGAGCUUGGACUCGCCGAGGACGCGCUCGCCAUCCACUGGAGCUCCUAAAAGUCCAACAUCUGAGAAGAACCAGAGCUCCUCAGAUGAGCUGCUGAAUGAGAGAUCAUCAGAAAAAGUGGAAACAGAGACAAGUAUAAAACCAUCAAGAACAACAGAAAAUAACACUGCUACAUUUGUGGAAAAUAGAGAAGAAAAUGAUGAUGAUUGUGAUGAUGAUGAUGAUGAUGGAGAAGAAGAUAUGGAGAACUCUGUCAUUAUGCCUGUUUACAGACGAGUUGGAUUAAGCUUCGAUGCAGAGAAGAAACGAAAGGAAGAAGAAGAAGAAAAACAAAAAAAGGAUGAGCAGUUAGAGAAGGAAAGAAAGCAACGAAAAGGAGAGGAAGAGAAAAAGCAAGAAGUGGAAAGACAAAGGCAGAUAGAAGAAACAAGAAAGCAAGAGGAAGAACUAAAGAGAAAAAUGGAAGAAGAAAGAAGACAGGCUGAAAAAGAAAUAGAGAGACAGAAAGAGGAGGAAAGAGCGAGAAUGGAGAAACAACAGAAGGAAAGAGAACUGGAAGAAAAGAGACGAAAAAUUCAGGAGAUGGAAAGACAGAGAAAAGAAGAAAGACAGAGACAGGAACGAGAAAAAGAAGAGAGGUUGAAGAAAGAGAGAGAAAUUGAGGAGAGGAAACGAAUUGAGGAGGAAAGACUGCGACAAGAGGAGCGAUUGAGACAGGAACGAGAAAAAGAGAGGGUAAAGAAAGAAAAGGAGAUGGAAGAAGAGAGACAACGGGUCCAAGAGCUGGAGAGACAGAAAGAGGAGGAAAGACGGAGGAAAGAAGAAGAAGAAAUGGAGAGAAUUAGGAAAGAAAAAGAAAUUGAAGAAGAAAGACGAAGAAUUCAAGAGUUGGAGAGACAAAUGGAAGAGGAAAGAUUGAGAAAAGAACAAGAAAUGGAGAGAAUAAGGAAAGAAAAAGAAAUGGAAGAAGAAAGACGAAGAAUUCAAGAGUUGGAGAGACACAUGGAAGAGGAAAGAUUGAGGAAAGAACAAGAAAUGGAGAGAAUAAGGAAAGAAAAGGAAAUGGAGGAAGAAAGAAGAAGAAUUCAAGAGUUAGAGAGACAGAAAGAAGAAGACAGAUUGAGAAAAGAGAGGGAAAUUGCGAGAUUAAAAAAAGAAAAAGAAAUGGAAGAAGAAAGACGAAGGAUUCAAGAACUGGAGAGACAGAAAGAGGAAGAAAGACUGAGAAAGGAGCAAGAAAUAGAGAGAAUAAAGAAAGAAAAAGAAAUUGAAGAAAAAAGACAAAGAAUUCAGGAAUUAGAAAGACAGAAAGAGGAAGAAAGACUGAGAAAAGAAAGAGAAAUGGAGAGAAUAAGGAAAGAAAAAGAAAUUGAGGAAGAAAGACUGAGAAUUCAAGAGUUGGAGAGACAGAAAGAGGAAGAAAGACUGAGAAAGGAGCAAGAAAUGGAGAGAAUAAAGAAAGAAAAAGAAAUGGAAGAAGAAAGACGAAGGAUUCAGAAAUUAGAAAGACAGAAAGAAGAGGAAAGAUUAAGGAAAGAAAGAGAAAUGGAAGAAGAAAGACAAAGAAUUCAGCAGUUGGAGAGACAGAAAGAGGAGGAGAGAAUAAGAAAGGAAAAAGAAUUGGAAGAAGAGAGGAGGCGAAUUCAAGAGUUUGAGAGACAAAGGGAAGAGGAAAGACUAAAAAAAGAAAGAGAAAUGGAGAGAAUGAGGAAAGAAAAGGAAGAAGAAAUGGAGAGAUUGAAGAAAGAAAGAGAUUUGGAAGAAGAGAGGAGAAAAAUUCAAGAGUUGGAAAGACAGAAAGAGGAAGAAAGGCUGAGAAAAGAAAGAGAAAUUGAAAGAAUAAGGAAAGAAAAAGAAAUGGAAGAAGAAAGGAGGAGGAUUCAAGAUUUAGAAAGACAGAAAGAAGAAGAAAGAUUAAGAAAAGAGAGAGAAAUGAAAGAAGAAAGACAGAGGAAAGAAAGAGAAAUGGAAGAAGAAAGACGAAGGAUUCAGGAAUUAGAAAGACAGAAGGAAGAAGAACGACUGAGGAAAGAAAGAGAAAUAGAAAGAGUAAGGAAAGAGAAAGAAAUGGAAGAAGAAAGGAGGAGGAUUCAGGAAAAAGAAAGACUAAGAAAAGAAAGAGAAAUGGAAGAAGAAAGACGAAGGAAUCAGGAAUUAGAAAGACAGAAGGAAGAGGAAAAAUUGAGAAAAGAAAGAGAACUGGAGAGAUUAAGGAAAGAAAUGGAGGAAGAAAGACGAAGAAUCGAGGAGAUUGAAAGACAAAAAGAAAGACUGAGACAUGAAGGAGAAAAAAUGAUGGCGAUGGAAAUGUGUAAAUCAGCAGAGCGGCCGCAAGAAGUUCCUACGAGUUUUGAUUUAAUAUCGUUUGACGUUGAAGAACCGUCGCCGCCUGUCUCCUCCGAUUCCAUGGAUGUCGAAGUAAUUUACGAUGAUUUUUCGGUAAAACCACAAAGAUGGGGAACCAGAGUGAGAGAUUCUCCAACAACAUCUCCAACCAGAGAAACCGCUGACCUCAGUCUACAGCCACAAUUAAAAUACAGUACACCGGGACUCCAAGAACCAGCCGGAGAUCGGGUACAUGUAGAAAACCUAAUCGGAUUUGAGCCUGAAGCAUCCAGUCCACAGAACACGUCCUAUAUACAUACAGAAAACAGACAUCCGUCUUCAUCUGAGGAGGAAACUGAGUGUACGCCAGAAGAUCUGCUGGAGCCAGAAACUGAAUUAAAUGAGGAUCAGUUGAAGGACUGUGAACCAGAAGAAGAUCAGGACACAGAGAAUCUAAUCGAGGAAACAGAGGAACAAAGUGAAAACAGUGACACUGUUGACAGUCAGGGCACAGCGAGACUCAAUCAAGCCCUUCAGAGACUGAAUCAAGCCAGACGGCGAAAAACAUCCAGUGAUUCAGAAAACACAAAUACCCCAAUUCAGGAGGAGCCCGAACCACUGCCUCUUCUUGAGUCCUCAGCUCCUCCAUUGGACUCCAGCGUUUUACGUUCCAAGGUCGAUCUGGGAAAGAAGCGAAGUAUAAAGCGCUCCAGACCGUCCCGUGCCGUCCGACAGAGAGCCGCUCUGCCUGCUCUGACUGAGGGAACAAACCCCGACUGGAGGUUCUGCGACUCCACAGAUGCGAAAGUUCAGAUUUCUAAUGGAGGGGACUCAGAAUCGGAAGAGGAACCAUCCCAGGACGUCACGUCUUCUCCGGCCCCCAGUCAGCCCAAAAGAGUGUCUGUGUUUCCCGGGAUGAACCCUUCAGCCUUGAUGGCUCAGUUGAAGCGCAGGAGUGCCGCUCUAGAUUCAGAUGCUCAAGCAGAAGCUGCUACCCCUCCGUCUGUUCCCUCUCGCUCUCCCCGAACACCCAGCAAGACCCUCGGCCCCCGAGUGCUGCCCCCUGCUGACGCAAAGGAUGCUAGGUAAGUGGCAGAAUCUAGAAUGCAUUCUGCGUCUGAAAUCAAAUCUAUGAAGAGUGCUUGCUCUUUUAAUUCGCAGGUCUGAUGAUGCAGUUUGCCAUUUUUUUCUGCCAAGAAAGAGUGUGUGACGCCACAAAGAUGCCAAAGGAACUGACUUACACAAAUGAGACGUGCAAUGAGCUUUCAUUCUCAUGUUGACUGAGUAUCAGACUAUUUGUUUGUUUGUUUCUUUGACUAAAAUGUUUUGCAAAGAUGA